AUGCUUCUUUCCAACCUUGUCCCCACCAUCCUCCUCAUUUCCGUCGUAACCGGCCUGAACCGCCACCUCGUCGUCCUCAGGGCCUCGGAAACCCUCGAUCUGUUCAUGAAAUACGACCUCACCAUCCCCAAGGCCCACCGAGCCCGAGAGUUCAUUGGAAAGCAGUUCCAGAUCGGCAAUCUCCACGGAUUCGUGGGCAACUUUUCAGCGUCCGUCCUAGAACGCCUCAAGCGGUGCCCCAUGGUCGCCGAGGUCACGCCCGAUAUCGAGAUUCUGGCGUUCCAGGUUGUAGAGCAGCACAAUCCACCUACACACUUGGCACACCUUUCCAGCCGGGACAAACAAGUCACGCAGUACCGCCACCAGCCGUACUACUACGACGACGACGAGACAGGCAAAAACGUGAAUGUGUACAUUGUGGAUCUGGGUUUGGCGCUUGAACAUGGAGAAUUCGAAGGACGAGCGUUUUUUGGCAAAGACUUCACCAACGAAGGCAGCGGCGACACCAACGGGCACGGGACGCAUGUUGCAGGGAUAGUCGGGUCGGCUACGUACGGCGUGGCGAAAAAAGUACGCCUUUUCGAGGUGAAAACCUUGGACAAACAGGGCCAAGGCACACUAUCCGGGAUUUUAGGAGCUAUGGAGUUUGUGGUGACCCACCGGCGCCGGGCCAAAGUGCCAGGCGUGGUGAAUCUCUCGCUUGGAGCGGUGAAAAACAGCAUUUUGAACCGGGCCGUGGACGCCGCCGCCGGUACCGGGAUCGUGGUUGUAGUAGCCGCUGGAAACACCAAUGAAGAUGCCUGUCGAACGUCUCCAGCGAGUGCCCGAGGCGCCAUUACCGUGGGCGCUGUUGACGAGCUGACGAUGGCGUUGGCGGAAUUUUCGAACUGGGGCAGCUGUGUGGAUUUGUACGCUUCAGGCGUGGAGGUUUCUUCUGUGGAUCCAUAUAGUGAGGAGGCCCAGAUACUCACGGGAACGUCGAUGGCGGCGCCUGCGGUGGCUGGUAUGGCGGCGGCGUUACUUUCGGGCGGGAUUUCGCCGUAUGACGUGAAGAAAGAGUUGGUUUCGUUGGCGGUGGAUUCGAUGAUUCCGCUGAGGAAGGCGAGAAACCGGGUUUUGUAUAACGGGAUGGACCCCGUGGAGAGCGAGGGGGAGGAGGUCUUGGAGGAGAGUGACGAGACCCCACCGGACGCGUCUCCAGACCAGGAUGCUCCAGGCGAUAAAGGAUACAACACAGCUGCUCCUUCGACGGUGGCCCCUUUUUCUGCGUUUCGUACGCCCUACCUCAAUUCAAGCCAUUGGGCGGGCGUGGAAGGCAUGGGCCAUGGGCCCGACCGCUUCUAUCGAGUUUACGGCGACGACAAGCUGUCUGCAAAGACUGAGAACACCCAAGCCGGCGAUGCCGCUUUGAAUGGCGACCCGUACCCAGCAUGGGCACCAAGUGAGCAAAUGCCUGUUUCACGUAACAAGAUUGGCGCCAUCAUGAACCACUUGACCAAGGUGUUCGGCUUCCAGGAGGAUAACGCUAAGAACAUGUACCACUAUUUGAUGCGGAUGCUUGACUCCAGAGCCUCCCGGAUGGGACCUCAGAAUGCAUUGCGUACACUUCACGGUGACUACAUUGGCGGGCCAAACGCCAACUUUCGUAAAUGGUAUUUCGCUGCUGAGAUGGAUGUCGACGAUGCUCAUGGCUGGGCAAACGUCAAGAGAAGCGGAAUCAUCAGGCAGACCAAGGAGCGAGUUACUCCCUAUGAACGUGCCGUUGAGCUGUGGUACAAGAAUAUGCUGCGCUUGACCCCAAUUGACUAUGUCACCCAGCUCUCCCUCUUUUUGUUGUGCUGGGGAGAAGCCAACAACGUGCGUUUCAUGCCUGAGUGUCUUUGCUUUAUCUUCAAGUGCUGCAAUGACUACUACUAUUCUCUCGAUGAAGAGAACGAGACGGAGUCCAACAUGCCCUUCUUGGAUCGUAUCAUUACCCCCAUCUAUGAUACCUACCGGAAGCAGUGUUACGACGUCAAAGGAAACGACAUGAGCAGAAGCGAUAGGGACCACUCCUCUAUCGUUGGGUAUGACGACAUGAAUCAGUUAUUUUGGCAUCGUUCUGGAAUUGAGCGCAUCACAUUAGGCGAUUCAACUCCUCUCAUGUACUUGAACCGCGAGGACCGUUAUCAUCUGUUUGCUGAAGUUAAUUGGGAGCGGGCGUUCUACAAAACAUACCACGAAACACGUUCUUGGCUUCAUGUCUUCACGAACUUCAACAGAGUGAUUCUCAUUCACUUUUGCGUGUUUUGGAUCUAUACUUCCUUCAAUUCGAAGCCUCUCUACACUCCGAGAUACUCGAUAACCGUCGAUGAGAGAACCCCACCCCAAACCACUCUCACUGUGAUGGCUUUAGCUGGGAGUUGGGCUUGUAUCAUUUCGCUCGUGAGUUUAUUGCUUGAAUUGUGCUUCGUUCCAAGAAAAUGGCCUGGUGCUCACCCUGUGGUACGUCGAAUUAUCUCAAUAGUGAUUCUUUUUGUCAUCAACACAACUCCUACCAUUGUUUUAUUUUUCACAUCAAAGCUUAACGAAAGAGACACACUCUCAGUUGUCGUCACAUCUUUUCAAUUGGCGUUUGCCUUUGGCGUGAUAUUAUACUUGAUUUUUAAGACCCAGGGAAAUCAAUUCGGGGCUCGACCUAAUGGACGCACCGCUUUUGCCUCAGAAGCUUUUACUUCCAACUUUUUUAUCUUGAGAGGCUCAGAUAAACUUGCAUCGUAUGGCUUGUGGGUAUGCGUCUUCACUUCGAAGUUCUUGGAAUCUUACUUUUACUUGACUCUUUCACUCAAAGACCCGUUGCGGGAGCUUUUCAUAAUGAGGGUCAACAGAUGUGUGGGUGACGAGUGGAUAGGCUCCUGGCUUUGCAAUGCACAACCUCGUAUAAUUCUUGUUUUGAUUGUGGUUCUCGACUUCAUCCUAUUCUUUUUGGAUACCUAUUUGUGGUAUGUGAUAUGGAAUACAGUUAUCUCAGUCCUUCGGUCGUUUUAUAUCGGAGCAUCUAUCUGGACCCCUUGGAGGAACAUUUUUUCGAGACUUCCAAAACGAAUUGCCUCCAAGGUCUUGGUGACAAACAGUAACAACAAACAUGGCCAAAAGAUCCAAGUGUCAAAAGUCUGGAAUUGUCUCAUUAUUGCGAUGUACCGAGAGCAUUUCUUAUCAAUUGAACAAGUUCACCGAUUACUUUACGAGUUCACUUACACUUGCAAUGACGACGGCAAUGUGGUAAUUCGUGAGCCUACAUUUUUUGUCUCUCAGGAGGAUGACUCUAUCAGGAAUUCUUUGUUCCAUGAUAAGUCAGAAGCUCAAAGAAGAAUCACUUUCUUUGCUCAAUCAUUAUCGACACCAAUGCCAGAUAUCAGAGAGGUAAGGGCAAUGCCCUCAUUCACUGUCUUAGUCCCUCACUACACGGAGAAAAUCAUUUUACUGUUGAAGGAAAUUAUCAAGGAAGAGGAUAGGUUUUCGCAUGUCACGAUGUUGGAGUAUCUCAAACAAUUGCAUGCUUCUGAAUGGGCAAACUUCGUUUGGGACACCAAGCAAAUGGCAGAGGAGGACGAUUCAGAAGAAUCAGUACUUUCGCUUUCUGCUUCUGAGAAGCACGAUGAUCUCCCAUACUAUUCUGUUGGGUUCAAGACUGCAACACCUGAAUACGUAACAAGAACGAGAAUAUGGGCAUCUUUGAGAUCACAAACGCUUUACAGAACUGUUUCUGGUUUCAUGAACUAUACCAGAGCUUUAAAGCUUCUUUCAGAUUUGGAGAUUAGCAAAGAUCAUUAUUCAGAUUCCAACGACGAGGGCAAAUUGAGGAUCAUCAAUGAGAUGGCAGCUCGAAAGUUCCGCAUCAUUGCAUCGAUGCAGCGUUUCAAAAGAUUCACUGAAGAGGAGAAGGAGAACACAGAGUACUUGAUGCGUGCUUACCCAGAGCUUCAGAUUGCUUACAUUGACGAAGACAUGGACGAGGAAACGGGUAAGGUAACAUAUUACUCGGCAUUGGUCGACGGUACAUGUCCCGUUCUGGAAUCAGGAGAAAGGAUACCCAUCUAUCGGAUAAGGCUUUCUGGGAAUCCAAUAUUGGGUGAUGGUAAGUCUGACAAUCAAAACCAGGCACUUAUCUUUUCCAGAGGGGAGUACAUUCAACUUAUUGAUGCAAACCAAGACAACUACAUCGAAGAGUGUCUCAAGAUACGGAACACGUUAGCUGAAUUUGAGGAGCAAAGAAUCUUGGAUCCAUAUAGUUCGGAAGCAAGGAGAUCAAUUUCUCCUAAUCCUGUUGCGAUUGUUGGCCUGAGAGAAUACAUCUUCUCGGAGAACAUUGGAAUCUUAGGCGAUGUCGCUGCUGGUAAGGAGCAAACUUUUGGUACCCUUUUUGCUAGAACUUUGUCUCAGAUUGGCGGAAAACUCCAUUACGGUCAUCCUGAUUUUCUAAACGUGGUUUUCAUGAGCACUCGAGGAGGAGUUUCAAAGUCUCAAAAGGGCCUCCACUUGAAUGAGGAUAUCUACGCUGGCAUGAACGCGAUACUCAGAGGGGGAAGAAUAAAGCAUUGUGAAUACAUUCAAUGUGGAAAGGGUCGAGACCUUGGCUUCAGUUCAAUUCUGAAUUUUAUCACUAAAAUUGGAGCUGGUAUGGGCGAGCAGCUCCUUUCGAGAGAGUACUUUUAUUUGGGUACCAAGCUUCCACUUGAUCGGUUCCUCUCAUUCUACUAUGCGCAUGCUGGGUUUCAUCUCAAUAAUGUUUGCAUUAUCUUGUCAAUCCAGUUGUUUCUUCUUGUGGGCGUCAAUAUUGCAGCAUUAUCCAAUGACUCUUCCAUAUGCGAAUUCGACAAGAACAAGCCGAUCACUGAUCCUCGUCGGCCCCAUAAUUGUUUGAACCUUGUUCCUGUUAUUCGUUGGCUUGAGAGAUGUAUUUAUUCUAUUUUUGUUGUGUUCAUUAUAUCUUUCAUUCCUUUGGGCGUUCAAGAGAUAACUGAGAGGGGAUUUUAUAAAUGCUUUGCAAGACUCGGGAAGCAUUUCUUGUCACUUUCACCAUUAUUCGAAGUCUUCGUGUGCAAAAUCUAUGCAAAGUCUAUUACGGGGGAUAUCGCCGUGGGAGGAGCACAGUACAUUGCGACCGGCAGGGGACUUGCAACAAAAAGGGAGCCCUUUUCGAGUUUGUUCACAAGGUUCGCUAACGAAUCCCUCAAUUCAGGAGCCUUCUCAUUACUUCUUGUGGUAUACAUUUCUGUAUCUUGGUGGAAGUUUUCCUUCCUUUAUUUUUGGAUGACAGUACUUGGUCUCCUCAUCAGCCCUUUCCUUUUUAAUCCGAAUCAAUUCUCGAGAGCUGAAUUUUUCCUCGACUACGGGCAUUACUUGAAGUGGCUCUUCAGCGGUAAUUCAACUGUUCAGGACGAAUCAUGGAUACGACACACAAAGAUUGCAAGAAGCCGUUUCACAGGAUUGAAGCUGAGACUCAGAUACGGAGAUGAGGAUGUCAAGUUCACAAGCGAGGUGAAACCAACCAGAUUCAACAUCGUCCUUCUAAGCAUCAUUCCAGAGGUAUUCAGCCUUGCGUUCAUUGGCUGUGCAUAUCUCUUUUCAAACUCCCAGGCCGAAACGAGAAACGCCAUACCAAGUCUUUCAGUUUAUCGAAUUCUUUUCGUCUCAGCGGCUCCCAUAGCUGUAAACAUCGCCAUUUUGGUUGCAUUUUUUGUCGUUUCUGUCAUUUUGGGGCCACCAUUGAGCUUCUGCUUCAAAAGUUUUCCGAGUGUAAUCGCUGCUACCGUUCACAUCCUAGCAUUCUUGAACCAGAUAUUCUUCAUUGAGUUGUUAUGGGUCUUACAGAAUAUGGAUGUGCCUCGAACUUUACUUGGAAUUGCUAGUAUGAUCCUUAUCCAGCGUAUUAUCUUGAGAUUUGUCAACGCGAUGAUGCUAACCAGAGAGUUUCGCCACAGUAAGUCAAACCAGGCAUGGUGGUCAGGUAAAUGGGUGACUGCAGAGUUGGGGUGGUUGACUUUCACGCAACCGAUCCGUGAGUUCAUUUGCAAAAUCAGUGAGCUCACAUAUUUCACUGUGGAUGUCAUCGUUGGCCACACCAUCUUCUACAUUCAGCUUCCAAUCAUUUUUUGUCCCUUCGCUGAUACAUGGCACUCCUUUAUGUUGUUGUGGGUGAAGCCUGGAUCUAGCAUUCGGCGCAGGCUUCUUUCGAAGAAGCAAAGAAGCAGACAGAGGAUGCAGGUGUUUUGGAUAGGGUUGCUCUUCUUCUUCAUCCUUGUGAUCUUUGUGGGAUUCAUUUUGGCACCGAUCCUUGCAAGCAAAAUUUGA